CUCGAAUGGAACCAGUUAAGGAGUUCGCCACACUAAGUUGAUAGGGCGCCCUCUUCGUCGUAAACAUGUCGGCUGCUCGUGCAAUCGAGAGGAUUCGGCCUCACAUCCCACUGAUCAAAUUUCGCUUUGUCAAGGGAUCUACUGGUACGGGGUCAGUUGCCAUUGGAGCCUCUAAGGCAAAGUCUAACUCCAGCACCUCAAAUGUCGGCACCAGGAGAGGAGACAGCAUAGAAUUCACAUCUUUGCCUCUAAAGUACAGGAGGCUAGCGUUAACUCCUCAAGAGGUGGAUUACAUCAAUAGAGGAGGUCCUGACUAGAUUCAGGAGUGAUGCAGCACAUCAUUACCCAGAACAUCUCAGCUUGAUUCCAGCAUGUUCUCCACAACAGUUAUAUACUGGCCUAGGGUGGCUAGGGACAUUCAGUAACGUGGACUUUCCAUUGGCUGUGUCAAGGAGUGAGUCAUUUAUUCAGCUCAUUCCCAAAAUUGCUUCUUGAUCCUUCACUAAUUUGAACAAGAGUGGUAUUUUUUUCAGGUGGGGGUGUUAUUUGUCAUAAGGUUGUGUAAAGCUGCUAUACCUUGAUAGCGACAGGUGCAAAGGUUAAAAUAGUAAUUACAAGGUUCACAAUGGUCAUUUGGUUACCAAAUAAUAAUCAAUGUUUUCAGGUCUUUGUUCGGACUCAAGAGGUAAACAUAAGUGCUGCAUCUGCACAGGUGGAUGGAGCUAGUUAAGCUUAGGAGGAUCUGAUAAUGUUACGGUGUUGGGAUGCUGGAUCUUGAUUGGGAAAAUGUGUAACCUACGGGCUCCGUGCACAUGUACCCCUUUCAACAGUAAGAAAGGGAGAGUUGGGGGAAACCACUGGGAGAGACAUUCGAUGCUGCCUGAUGCUUACGCAAUUUCAAAGACGCUGUGGUUUUGCGCAUAUAAAAUCAGAAGUGCGUACUUCGCGCUAUAUGCAUGCAAACCAGUACAGGCAUGUGGUGUGUUCCAUCCAUGGAGCUCUUGAAAGUGGUUAAAAAGCGCCCUCUCUGUUUGUGCAUGGAGCCCAUAAGGAAAUGGUUGGCACGUAAUACAUGUAUGUUUCUGCCUCCCUUUUGCCCCCCCUUGUGCCUCCUUUGGCCGACCAAAGGAGUGCAUUGAAGGAUGACUGUCGCCACUGCUGUGCCUCCAUUUGGCGUUGGUUGCCGUAGGUUGCACAGGGGAAGCACAGGGGAGGCAGGCAAGUUGCUCAGUGGACGCACAGGUCCACAGCUCAUAGCUCGACAUGAAAAUGCCCGAAAAUUGCAGUUUUGGUGGUUCAAGGGAGGCACAAGGAUCGCUGGAGCAGUUACAUAGAAAUCAGAUUUUUUGGGUUUAGGCGACCAUUGAGCGUCCUGGCCGUUUUUUUGGUUGCUUAUAUGUGAUACAAAGAUUGCAGCCCUGUGUAAAGGGGGCCUUAACAGUAAUUUUCCACCCAUAUCGUGGUGCCAGGUCACAAAAAGAAUUGCGCAUAAAAGACGUAUCUCACUGAUAUAUAGACAUCCAAAACCAAUUCCCAUUAACCUUCAUUCAUGUACAAAAUGCUUUCCUGUCUGUUCAGUACCUUUGGCAUUUGUGUGCUUCGGUGUGCUCAUGUGAAGUAUACUGCUGUUUCCUGUGUACUUUGUGUAUUCACAUUCAGUUGACAGUGCAAUACGUCUGUUACGUUUCCACUGAAAGCAACAUUAUUGGCAACAGUAACACAGGGUUGAAGACGUCACGGGGGGGGGGGGGGGGGGGGGGGGACAGAUAUAUUGGCUACCUCUCGGAACAGGUGCAUGUACCCUGAAGGCCAAUUUACAUGAUUUACACAUGCAACUUUGUUGCGCGCCAAUGUCAUGUGUUUUAUAAGUACGCACAAAUUAUUGAGAAAUUAGUCCCAUGACUUUGUUUAAAUGUUAACAACCCAAUUGAUUUGGGCAUAUCAUAUAACUGUAACAAUGACGCACAACAAAUCACUUUCAUGUGUAAAUUGGCGUUUACAAUUUUUAAAAUAAAUUGUGUUAAAUUGAAAAGGUUCAAUAAACUGAGUUGUUUGAAGGGGACAUGGGUGGAUCGGAGAAAAGUCUGACAUCGGGCACAAGCUCUGAAAUUGUUGGUCAAGACCAAGCACAAAGAACACAUUGACAUGUAAAAAUAGAGUCUGUGUUAUAUGAAUGGGUUUAUCUAUCCCCCAUGUUGUUUUUAUUUGUACAAAUAAUUUAAUUUCCGUUAAUGUGAAGCAUUUAUGCUGUAUAAAAAAUAUGCAAGUGUAUAAUAAAAAUUCCAUUUAGCAUAUAAA